AUAAAUAUGAAAGUUUGUAUCUUUGGAGGUUUGCCCGUGUAUCACGCUGAAACUAGUAAAAGCUUCUAGUGCUAUAUAAAAGUAGAUGAUAUGAUUAUGUAAAUACCAUUUUUAAAUAAGUAAUUAAAGAAAUAUGGUGAUAUAAUAUCAUAACUUACAAAAUUGAUUAUUGAAUUGCAAACCGACCUUCGCAGGUCGUAUCUUUAAAAUGUUUUUUUAAAUUUCGAAACGUCAAUAAUUAUCACGGAUACUUUUCAUUUAUAAACAAUGAUAUUUCGAUGAAUGUGUUCGAUAUUUUUAAUUUGUAGAAUAAUUUACUAAAUUAUUAUAAAUGUGAGGUGUUCACUAUAUGGACCAUCGUAUGGACGUUCUUAUUAUAAUGAUCUUUAAUAUGAAUGUAAUCAUGUAAAAUAUUCGACGGUAUGAUAAGUCGAAAUAUUUUAAUGUUUCUUGUUUCGUCCGGUGAGUUUAUUUUAUUUUACAUUAAUUGCUGACUAAAUUAAAGUCAUUUCCAUAUAUUUUCCGCGUGUUAAGAUAAUUUCUGUUCUCAUUGGAAAUUGGAUAUUUGGAAUAUUUGUUGCAUUUAAUGUAAUAAUAUUACAUUAUAGAUGCGAUAGUUUGUAGUUAGUAAUCACUACUUAAAGCAAUAAAAAAAUAUAUUUCGUAGAAAAUUUAAUUCUUUUUUUAUUUGGCGGUCGACACUGGGCCGCCUGAUGGUAACCGCUACCACCGGCCAUGAAUAUAUUGGAGAGGCGUAAGGUCCAUUGUAGACAUUACGCUAUUCAUUCAUUCAAGAUUAUUUUUGAAAAGAAAGAAAAGUGCAUUCAAAUAUUUUCGAAAUCUCGCUUGCCCUGCCCGGGAAUAGAAACGACUAAAAUCUUUUAAAAUUACACCCUGUGCUUUUACUGCAUCGAUCGUUAAAAUCAAUUAUAAGGAAGAACUCUCUUUAUAAACUUGAUAAAUCAAAUAUGAGGAAGAAAAUUUCAUUGUUUCUAUAGCUUGCUCUCUUAAGAAUUAUAAAAUUACACCUUAAAUAUAUCAAAUAUGUAUAACUACUGAUUUUGUAUCAAAUACAUUUCUAUAUAUGUUAAACUAUUAUAUCGCUUUACAGAUGUCCAAUUAUUGUAUAGUGGACAAGUGGAUAACCUGUCAAAUUAUGUGGAAAAAUGUUAAUAUUAUUUUGACAAAUUCGAUGUGUUGUUUCAUAUGACUAUCUAUCUACGCUUAGUCACAGAAAAGGCAACACAUCAUGAAAUCGCUAAGAAAACCGCAUAGUACCAGUCAAACAUGCUCCUGUACCUCUUGUUUAUUCAAUAGUGAUACUGAUGGUCAUAGUUUUCAAAAGUUUUUGGUAAGUGGCUCUAAAAUAGAUCGUCUGUAUUAUGGAAAAUAUAUUCCUCUUCGGGAAAGAAAACUCUUAGAUAAAUUGGUAAGAACUAGAGCAGUUUAUGAUGAUAUUAGAGCCCAAUUAGUCUCGGAUAGUACAUCGAGCUUACAGAAAAAUGCGAAUUUCAAACGUUAUUCAUCAGCAAGUGAACUUGAUGAUACAGAGAAAAGCAGUGCUAUUUUAGAGCUAGUUAAUUUAGUUGAUAAAGGUGCUGCUAUAAAAUCAUCAAAGCUUAGUGAAUGUUGUAGCUGCUGUAGUUGUUCGUUGAAAAUGCGCAAAGGUGAACAUGCAAAGAAUCUUCACAAACAUAAACACGUGCAUGGUCAUAAAUAUGUUGGAGAAAAACAAAGAUAUGAAUUUAAAAGACGAAAAGGAGUACGGUUUAAAGCAAAACACAUAAAAUCUGAUCCUUGCACCUGCACAUUUCAAUUCAGUAGUCGGGCAAAAAUUCAGUCAAAGCAGCAAUACGAAGAUAGUAACGAUGGCGCAGAGGCAAAAGCUAAGUCUAAUAAAUUCAAAGCAGUGGCAAAAAAAUCUUUACAAAAGCUUGUGGAUUCCAAAACAAAUCUUCAAAAUAAAAUGGAUGCAGCUAUGGCCAAGAUUCAAGAUUCUAAAAUAAAACUAGAAGAGUCUUUGGCACUUCAUACUAACGAAUCGUUGGAAAAAAUUGAAAGAAUGAAAUAUCGAAUUAGAAGGAAACAAAAGUAUCCAGAAAGCAUGGCAUUCGAUGCAAAUCUUGUAAAUGAAGGCAAAAGUAAAACAAGUCGCUUGAAAAAUCUUGCGAAAUCAUCACGCGAUAAACUAAAAAUUUCACAAGCUAGGUUAAAAAAUAAAAUGCAAGAAGGUGGUGAAAUAGUGGAGAUGCAAGUAAAGAAAUCUCUAGAGAAGAUUAAAAAAACCAAGGACAAAAUUAAAUCUAUAAUAUGUGAAUGCCCUGAAUAUAUUUCAGAAAAAGAAAAAGAUUUAUCUUUUAAAGCCAAGAAGGAAGCAGGUGAAAAAGUGGAAUUGCAGCUUAAACAAUCUCUAGAGAAAAUGAAAAAAAGUAAGGAUAAAAUUAAAUCUAUAAUAUGUGAAUGCCCUGAAUAUAUUUCAGAAAAAGAAUACGAUUUGUUUUUUAAAGCCAAGAAGGAAGCAGGUGAAAAAGUGGAGUUGCAGCUUAAACAAUCUUUGGAGAAAAUGAAACAAACGAAAGAUAAAAUUAAAUCAAUUAUAUGUGAAUGCCCUGAAUAUGUUUCAGAAAAAGAAAAAGAAUUGUCAUUUAAAAUCAAGAAGGAAGUAGGUAAAAAUUUAGACUUGCAAUUUAAGAAAUCCUUAGAGAAAAUAAAAAAAUCCAAAGAUAAAAUUAAAUCUAUAAUAUGUGAAUGUCCUGAAUAUACUUCAGAAAAAGAAAAAGAGUUAGCAUUAAAAAUCAGGAAGGAUUCUAUCCGAAAGUUUAAAGAAAAUUUAAACAAAAAACAAUAUUUAGAAAAUUGGACAUGCGAGAAUGAUUGUACUCAAGGAGCGUGUAUUGCAGAAGAAUGCUAUGAAAAAUUAAAAAGAAGAAAAGGACACACAAAAAAGAUACAUGACAAACAUUAUAGACACUCCAGUAUACGAAAAAUGAGUAGUCGAGAAGUAACGGUUAGCAUAUUGCCUAAAAAAUCAAACUCUGGAAUUCAAGCACAACAAAUCAUAGUGCAUAAAGGAACAAAUCAUGCAAAGAAAGGUGUUAAUAUCAAUAAGAGCUCUAAGAAAAAUAAAGAAAAAGGUCAAGAAUAUUUAAAAAACAAAAGAAAAAAAAAUGAACGACCUGCGCUAUCAUCAUUCAGUUCUGAACAAAAUAAAGAGUCGCAUCCAGCAGUUAGAAUUGGUUCAUCUGCUAGUUUUAACGUUGAAUUUUAUAAGGAUAAAUCAAAUCCAACAAAAAUUAAAAGCAGUUAUCCAUCGCAAAGAACCGAUAUUGAGCAAUCUUCCACCACACAAAGGAGUCGUCCAGGAAAUAAACAAAUAGUAUCAAAACACAAGAAAGGGUCACAUGUAAAGUUAAAGGUGUCAAAAAGAGAUAUAAAACAGAAAGGUUAUGCUCUUAAGAGAUGCUUUUGUACUUUGAAAUUAAAGCCAAAACGACCAAAAUCAGUAUCUCAAAAAUCUACCGGUACUAUAACUACAUUCAAAAGUCAAUAUCGAAUGGAAACCGGAAAUUUGAAUAGAAAUAAAAUAAACAUUAAACUUCAGCCAUAUGAGUGUGAACCCGGUAUUUGUGUACCUUACAAAUGUAAUCCCUAUCAUUGUAUAAAACUUCAAAAUAAAAGGUUGAUUACUAAAAAGAGAAUCCGUUCAAAAAAUUCAUAUACUACAAGUUCUAGAAAAACAAGAUCAACAUCGAGCGUGACACCUAAAGAAAAAUCAUCUAAAGCAAAACAUGUUCAGUCUGCUGCUAUAAUACCGAUACAAAUGCAUAUACCGAAAAAAGAAAAAGGAAAUUUGCAAAACAGAAAUGAGAUCGCAGAACCCAAUCGUAAUGUCGUGCGUAUUGGUUCUACAUUUAGUUUCAAUAUAGAUUUUUAUCGGGAUACAGGAAAACAACAAUCACUUUCCAAACAAACUAAUAUGAAAAGCCCUGAUCUUCAAAAUUUAACAUUACAACCAAAAAUGAAUAAAAAGGUACAUUUACAAAAGCCAAAAAGAAAUAAAGAAAAGAAGUACAAAAAACAACCGGUAGUGUCCACUACAGGGACCGAAACAAGUGGUAAUUUUUAUAAAAAGACCCGUAGUAAGGCAACUAAAACAGGAAGUAAUUUGAGCUAUUAUUUUCAUCUUGAUCCUUAUGAAUGUGAACCUUUUACUUGUAUUCCGGGAGAAUGUGAUCCAUAUAUUUGUCUUCAAAAUAUUAAGAAACGUUUAAAAAAAACAAAAGAAAUCAGUCUUGGUACAAUCAAUCCAGGGAGUAUUUCAACAUCGAGUUACACAUAUUCGUAUGGAAAAUCCAAAGAUGUCUUCGUUCAAUCUAAGCCAAAUACCAAAGAGCAGAAGGUUUCAGUUCAAACAAAAGCCCAACCGGUCAGCAAGGUUGUUUAUACCCCGAAGAUAUCGAAUAUGCAAAACAAAUUAAGAAAUUCAAUAUCUGUGGGAUCUACAUUUAGUUUCAAUAUAGAAUUUUCAAAAACUUGUAAUGCAAAAGAGGAACAGUUUGAUCCACCACCGAUUCCAUUAGACGAAAGAACAAAAAGGAAAGUGAAGCAUAAAGGAAUAAAAUUAGAUAAAAUUACAGUUGAUAACAUCGAUACACAAGUGGAAAAAACAAAAAAAGUUGACAAAUCAUCUGUUGUUGGACCAAUAUUGAAAAGAUGUUUCUGUACAUUAAAUUUAUAUAAAAAACGUAACAGACAUAAGGACAAACAUAAUAUACCUAAGAAUACGAUGUACACAGUUAAUACAGCUUUAAUAAGUAGUGAUAUGGCAAGCCAACUUCAUUUAUGUGGGAUGAGUGAAGGAUGUAUUUCUGAAAAACGGUCAAAAUAUGAAAUCUCAAGAAAUAAUAGCAUUUUCCACUUAGACAAAGGAAGAAACACGAAUAAUAUUGCAGGCAAACAAUCUCUGGAAAUAAAUUCAGAUUUAAGUGUAAGUGUGGAACUAAUUAAGAAAUCUUCACACCGCCAAUUCUUUUUUAAACAAACAAAACUUCAAGAGGCAAACGUAGUAGCGAAUUAUGACAGAUUUGCAAAAUUUCAAGAUGAUUUCAUUAAUCCAGUAUCAAUAAAUCCAACAAAAACUAGCCUUGCUCACUAUUUAAAUAGCUGCAUUUACGCUAUGAAUAUGCAAGUAGACAAUAAAAAUAUAAUGAACAGAAAACUUAAGCCAUAUGAAUGUGAACCCGGUAUAUGUAUACCUGGACAGUGUGAUCCUUAUGAAUGUCAAAAAUUGAUUAUGAAGCGACUGCAAAAAAGAAUUUCUAAAUCGUCUGGUACACCAACAGAUUCUAGAUCAAUUUCUAGUAGUCAAACGCGGAAAACACCCACUCAAUCACAUAUCGUAAGUGUAUCUCCGAAACCCGAGUAUAAAAAGAAACGAUCAGUACAAAAAGUUUCAAAGGCUAUCGACAAGAAGCAAGUUGUUCGAGUGGGAUCAAAUUUUAGUUUUGAUAUUGAAUUUUAUAAGAAAAGUUCAAACAAGCCAGUUAAAAUACAGUAUCAUGAUGAUGAACCACCAAAGCGAACAAAAGAAAAGCAAUCGAGUGUUCAAACAAAGGACAAAAAAAUAAUAACAAGCUCUGAUACUCAGGACAGUGAGUCCCAGUCGAAACUACACAAAGUAAAAGCUAAAACUUCUCAAGCUUUGCAAGGUGUGCAAAGAUGUUUUUGUACUUUGAAAUUACAAAAGCAAGGAAAGUUAAAACAAAAAGGGAAAAAAGACAAUACCAAUACAGUGCGUGAUGAGUCAAUGAGUGUCAAGACGGUAAAUAGAGGACAAAAUACUAAACCCAUUAAAAUGACUCGAGAAUUAUUGCCGUAUGAAUGUGAACCAGGUAUAUGUAUACCAGGUGAGUGUAAUCCGUAUGAAUGUCUUGAAUUGAUUAAGAAAAGGAAACGCAAAGAGAAAGGUACCGAUACAGUUUUGCAUAAAAAAGUAACUACUACGUCAACGUCAAGUACGGUGCAAAAACGUAAAUCUCGAGCAACUUACGUACAGCCAAAACGUCAACCAAAAUUUCAUUCUGAGACUGUGAAACCAAAGUAUAAACAAGUUACGUCUCCUGAUAAUGCUGGAAGACAAACGGUGAGAAUUGGUUCCAGUUUUAGUUUUAAUAUUGACUUUUACAAGGAUAGUUCACCUCCUGCUAGUCAAGAACGUGUUAUUAAAACUGACAAGUAUAAGCAUAGUGAUGAGGUUCCGAAAAUACCUGUAGCCAAAGAAAAAAUAAAUAAACAAAAUUUUACACAUCCACGUUCCCAAUCAAAAAUAUCUCAAACUUUAAAAGUACCACAAAAAAGUUCGUCAAUAGAUGCAAAACCUUUUUUACAACGAUGUUUUUGCACUUUACAAUUGCGCAAAAAAGAGAAGCAAAAAGAAGAAAAGAGAAAACGUGAUGAUGUCAAAAAAGUACAACAAAAAAAUGUAAAGACAAUGACAAAAGGGACAAAAGAGGUUCGUGAACUUCUACCGUAUGAAUGUGAGCCUUCGUUUUGCAUACCAGGGGAAUGUGAUCCAUACGUUUGUUAUGAAAGAAUUAAACAGAGAAAUAAAAAAAUUAAAAGUUUGGGUACGGAGACAAAAACUCGAUCCAAAAAAACGACUGGCAGUACUCCAACAUCUAAGAAACAAAAACAUAAAAAGAUACAAUUUCAGCAUGUCGAUGAUGAGCCAAAAACAGCAGCGAAAUCGAGUGUUCCUAAACCAAUUGUUCAAAGUGGACAAAAACAAGUUGUAAGAAUUGGUUCAAAUUUCAGCUUUAAUGUAGAAUUUUUUAAAGAUUCAGGGCUAGAUAGUAACAGAAUACAAUAUGAUGAAUCACAAAUUCGCAAAAACAAAACAAAAGAUGUAAAAAAAGACACAGAGACGUUUCCAAAAACUGCUACAAAAAAGCAUAAAAUUGUACAAGAUAAGAAAUCUUUGCGUUCUGGCCAGUCACAGACGGAAACUAGUUCUAAAUCUGUUAAAUCAGGUAUAAUUUCCAAUCUAGAGAGGUGUUUCUGUACGCUGGCACUUAUGAAAGAUAAAAAAGCUAAAAAGAAAGACAAUAGUAAAGAAGACAAGGCACAAUUGAAAAAAAAUAAAAAAGAAGUAAAAGUUAAACAAGACGGAAAAGGGGAAAAGGUUAAAAAAAAUAAAAAGGAUAAAAAAGAUGAAAAAGAUGACAAAAUUAAGAAAGAUAAGAAGGAUGAUAAAAAUAAGAAAGAUAAAAAAAAUAAAAAGGGCAAAAAUGCCAAACCUGUGGACAAAGAUGUUCAGACGACUAAAUCUUCAGCAUCAGCUGUCAGUUCUUUCAUAAAAAAUUGUUUAUGUUCUCUCAAAGAAAAUAAAAAAAAGCAGUCACCAAUAGUAAAUGUAGAAAUUAAACCGCAAAAACAUAAGAAAUGGAAAUUAGAACCUUAUGAAUGUGAACCAGGUGUAUGCACACCGGGCCAAUGUGAUCCCUACGAAUGCGAAAAACGCAUACAAAAACGAUUAUUACGUGAAAAUGCAACAGAGACUAGGCCCAUAAAAUUCAACACCCACUCUAGUUCUACGCCUGCUAAAACGUAUAAAAACCGCAAUGUUAAAACUAAACCUCUAAAACCAGAACCAAAAGAAAAGAAGGAAUUGCCUUUAGUUAUGCCAAAAUCGAAACCGAAUCAAUCACUUUCUUUAGAUCGUGAAAGAAAUAAUAAGCAAACUGUAAGAAUAGGAUCCUCAUUUAGCUUUAACAUAGAAUUUUUUAAAGAUAACUUGACCCCUGAACCCAUACGAAAAAUACCACCGCAUUUAAAAGACGUUGAUACUAUUAGUACAAAAAAAGAAAAACCGAAAUAUAAGUCAACAGGACAACAAUCAUCUCAUCAUGUGAAAAAAUUUGAUUCAUCAGAAUUAUCUACCGUCAAGACCCAGCCUAGUAGUACGGUUACCGAUCCAAUACUCAAAAGAUGUUUUUGCACGUUGCAAUUUCAUAAAAGUGCAGCACGUCUGAAUAAAAACCACAAUAUACAAAAGAAGCCAGCACGUAAUAAGAAAAAAGAAGAAAUGCCCAAACAAAAAAAAACUACGUCCACUAAAAAUACCACUACCGUAUCGUACGUGACUUGUCCUAAUGAAUGUCCGCCUUUUAUGUGCAUUCCAAAUAAGUGUAAGUCUAAAGUGUGUAGAGAAAAACAUAUAAAGACUGGCUCACAAAAAGUUGGUAAUGAGGAUAAAAUAUUACACAAGUCAGUUGACGCUAAAUUAUUAUGUAAGAAAUCAAAGAAAGUACAAGCGCAACUAAAAGAAAACGUAUCGUUGAAAUGUUACAAUGAAAAAGAAAAGGGUAUAGUAGAAAUACCUCGAUUUAGUAACUAUUUCAAAAAAGAAAACAGACAAGCUCUCAAAUUUGGAUCAAACAUUUCUCUAAACAUUGAAUUCUAUAAGGAAUUACUGCCUCCAGUUCCUGUAGAUACAUCAGAUACUAAAAAAGAAUAUUUGAAACCAAAGAAAUACGAAACAUGUGAUAGAUCAAAUUGUUUAAACUUAAAGAAGAAAAAUGUCCAGGCAUUACGUUCGAAUGUGCGUGGUGUAAAGUCACAAAUUGAAAAAUGUCAAACGAUAAAUAAACGAUCUAACACAGUCAACAAAUUAAAAAGAUGUUUUUGUACCCUGAAGUUGCAGAAAAGUAAAAACGAUACAAUUGCAUGUAGGGCACCUUAUUCACAAGUUAUUGAAGUUCGUAGAGUAGAAAUUCACAGCAAUAAUAAGAAAACAUCUAAGAAAACUAACACCGAAUGCAAAAAUGUAUGUACAAAGAUUGAUGCAACUUUAUUAAACUCCUACAAAAGAGAUAAAUCUUCACCUCAAAAAAAUAUUACCAAAAUGACAACUAUUUUACCUUACCAACCCACCAAAUUUAAAAAGAAUGUUAGCAAAUCGCUUGUGAAUCAUGGCAAGCCACAUAUCCAGAAACCACCCGUGAAGCCGUCCAUUACUCUCACCCAAAAGGGUAAACGGUUAACUAGAAAAAAGAGUGUAAACGCUUUUCACUGCUCUCAAUUACCUUCCUCUAAUAAAACUAAUAACUCUGCUAUUAAACGGUAUCUAUGUCGCUGUGCAAAUAAUGCUACUACGAAAACCGGAAAGUCAACAUUUUCAGAACCUGUCUGUGAUAAGAUUGCAAAAAACAAGGAAAAACCAUGUAAGCAACCUAAUGAAAAUGAAAAAACGUCGAAAAAAAUCAAAGGAGAUGUGAACGGACUAUGUGUUGAUGAUCUUAAGACGUCUCACAGUGAGCGUCAAUCAAAACAUUUAAAAGAAGUGUCUGCGAUUAGGACUUCAAAAAGUCUUAAACUAUCACAGAAAGAUAAAGAUAUAUCCAACUUGGAGAAAUUAAAGAUCCUCAAGGCUGACCUAAUCCAAAAAGGCGAUGAGUAUAAGGCACCUCUAUCUAAAUUGAUAAAAUCUGCAAUGAAAUCACCGGAUGAUAAAAAUUUUGUUUGUUCAAAAUGUUUGGCGAUACAUAACACCACAGAAAGAAAAAAUUUAAAAGUUAACUUCAAGGAUUCUCCUCACACCUUAGGCAAACAAGGAAAAUCAAAUAAAAAGGCAUCGACGACAAAGGACGUACGAAAAACAAAGUCCAAAAAUGUAUGCGAAUCCUGUAAUAAAAGCAUUGAUGAAAAAUGUAAAUAUUGUAAAGUUUGUUUCAAGUCCGAGAGCCAAUUUAAAGAAUAUUUUAAUAUGAUCAUGAAACAAAUUGGGAAGUUACCUAUUAAAACUUGGCUAAACAAAAUCCAACCGAAAGAGUUUAUAAAAGAAUCACAUCCACAACCGUUGUUUGAUGUUUACCUAGAGUCAGACAGCUUAAAAAUCAUCAACAAAGAAGAAGUUGAUAGAAAAGUUAAAGAACUAUAUAUACCUAAAAGAAAAACUAAACCCCAAGAGCAUGGGGAUUCGUGUGUUUGCUGUAUAUGUCGCGGAAAAAGAGCUAAGGUGGGCAAAUCUAAUAAAGUAACUAAAAAACAACUCCUCAAAUUCGGAAAAAAGACAUGUACAUGUGGAAGUGAAGUGUGCGCGAAAAGUGUUGAAGAAAAGAGGUUGAGUAUAUUAGAGGACAAAAAAUCAAAAGAGUUAAAACCGUGCAUAUGUGGAAGUCCUGUAUGUGGAGAAGAAUCCCAACUAAUGCAUAAAAUAACAAAAAGUCCCGGAGAAAUGGUUUGCACAUGUAGAGAGGAAAUGGAAAAGAGAAGGCAAAAGAUGAAGAAAAUAAAUGAAAUCGCAUAUAGAAAAAGGCGAAAAAUUCUGUCUGAACAAGAAAAAAGAGAGGAUAUUAUUCGGAGAAAACAUCGACUUAAAGAAGAUUUAAGACUUGAAAAAUCAAUUAAAAAAGAUGCAAGCGAUACCAUGCUAUUGACUGAAUCAGUCAUAGAUGUUGCAAAAUUGGGUAUUACAGGCGUAUCCGACCUGCUUCGCCUUUUAUAUAGAUGUGUUAGAGACCCAAAACAUUCUUUGUACAAUAUUAAAUCAAUGAAGGAAAAUCCGAGCCUGAUUCUAAAGUCGUUGAAAAACGCUUACAGUGACAGUGGCGUGGCAUCAACAUCGAGAAGAGUAAUGAAGCGUGUUCAAUCAAUGGAAGCUGUAAAAUCAGCGACAGAAUUACUGGAACAGUAUCCAGCAACGAAUUAUUUAAUUCACAUUAAUAAUCCAAAGAAGCGGAUGCAAGCUAUAAAGAAAAAGCGGCGUAAAGAACGCAUCGACUUUCAUUGCAAUCUUUUCAUGAGUUCUUUGAGGAAGAGACCAUUUAUGUGGAUAUAUGAUCGUUGGCCUUGGUUUUAUCCACAUUGUUUAUCAAUUCUAAAUGUAUGGCGUCAAUUUGCGGAUGUAAUGUUGUUCUUAUUAGCUGUUGUUGUAUGGAGUCCUUGUAUUUUUGCCAUGGAAAUGUGCAGAGCCGUGAUGUGUUGCACUUUGUGUACGGGUUAAAGGUGUUUAUUAAAUUUCUUGUCAUUUUAUUCCUCUUUGUUUUUCUAUUUCCAAAAAUUAUAAAACUGUGUAUAUUUUAUACAAUUUUUUUUUGUUUUUUAAAUAUUUAUAUUUUUAGCAUUUUUUAAGUACACUAUUCUCUUGAAGUUCAUUCUCGGCCAUAAAAUUUUCACAAGCUAAAAUGAAAUUUACAUCCCCUUUAUUAAUUGAACAUUUGUGCUUAUAACCUAUGCACCCUGAGUUCAAUGGCCGAUGCAAUAAAAUUUAGGGUGCAUGUUAUCUGGCCUUAUGUCAUGGUCAAUUUUAAUAUUUUUAUCAGAACAACAUCUAUUUAUAAUGCUAUAAAAGUUUCGUGGUAUAGGAAAUUUAAGAAUGAUAAAGCAAAACAGAGGUCGUAUCAAUGACAAAAAAAAUUCAAACUUCAGUUACUCUCUGUCGCAGUUUCCUUCGUGAACUAGAGGGGUUAUCCAAGAAGCUAGUCUCUACAUCAAUACUAAUCUCUAUACCUACUGCAACUUAAAAUAGUUAUCCAACUAUUCAAUCGAGUUUCAACGAAAUGAGACGCAAUGCGUUCAAAGUGUGAAAACAAAAGAGAGCGGUAUCGACCAAACCCUCAAAAGUGAGGGCCGCCACCCUCUUUAUGACUCAGAGGGGAGGACCCUUGCACGUAGGUACCGCUGUACCCUCAGUACAGAACAUGCACUCACUAUUGAUCUGGGGUAUUUGGGACCAUCUAAUAAGUUUUUGACCUAUCGAAUUUCGCCUCGUAUUUUAGGGUUGAGUUGUUUAUUUUUUACGGUAAGAACCAAUCUUUAUGGCAUUGGUAUAUACAUGAAAUGAUUUUUUUAAACAAACGCUAAAAUAAUGCCGAAUGUAUCAAGAUGCUAUAAAGA